AUUGUAAGAUUGAUUGUGUUGGUACUACUGAUUUAUGAUACAAAAAUUAAAUCCAGCGCCAUAACAUUUUUUUAUUAUUUUUCAAGAAAUUAAGCUUAAAUUACGUCAAUGUUUAUGAAAAACGUAUGGAAUAAAAUUGUUCAUAAAUAAAUGCGUAAAAGUAGCCAAAAGUUCAAUUUCAAUGUUUGUGUUUUUCUCUUAAAUACUUGUGACAUUUUGUUUUUAACCGUGGCGGACUGUGGAAGAGGCAAAAUUUAUUUGACAAUUUAAAAUGGCGGCCAGUUUUAAACUUAAAAAUAUUGUGUUUUUGGACAUCAUUUCUCAAUAAAUAAAGUUGUAAAGCUUUAUAAGAUAAUCUCAAUAGGUGUACAGAACGAAUAAUCAAUAUGGAUCAUAAUUUGGACGACUCUCUAAACUUGGAUAGUGAUAUGGGUGUCGACUUUGAACAACCUGAUGAUAUUGUGGUGACCGAAACUGGUAUGUCACUGGAACAAGUCCCACAUGAGGAGGGCAUCUCAAUGGAGUUUGAGCACACCGAAGAACAAACCAUGCUCAUGGAUACAAGCGGCGAAGAGAUAAUUGAUUUUAUGGGAGAUGACCAGUUUACCCUUCAGGAGUAUUCAGUGCAUAGCGACCAAACUACUGAAUUGACUACAACUCUUGAAUCUAAUCAACAGCAAAUGCUAACAACUCAGUCUGAUACAAUGAUUGACAUACAGUUCCAGCCGCAAAUCGUGAGCAUAUCCAGUACAGAUUUGCCGCCGCCUAAACUUAUAUCUGUUAAGGCUGCAACCCCACGUCCAAUAAUCAAAAAGGAAACCCUGCUAGCAUCUGUGCCGAAGCAGGUGGCAAUUGCUCCAAAGCCACCAAAACUCGUCACUAUGAAGAAAUACACGCCGCCCAAGCAACUGGCCAUCGCACCCAAACCUUUAAACAUGCCUGCCAACAGACAAAGUCUGGUGAAGAAAGUGUCUAUAGCUAACAUAGUACAAGCUACAUCCAAGGGGAACAAUGUAUUGGCACAGUUGGGGAAACAGUUAAUAAUGGUGCCUUCUGGAUCUCAGAAGAUAAAAAUUGUGUCGCCUGGACAAGUGCCCAACAUACAGUAUAUUAGAGCUGAUUCUGAUCAGGCACAACUGUUGGCAGCUAAAACGGUCAGCGGUACACAAGUCAAACCUUUGAUGACUAAAGUUUUUACAGUUCAAGGCAAGCCGAGCGGCGACAUCUCGAACCAGCCCGCUGUAAUCACCAAGAUACUGCCAGCGGGCAGCAGCAAGCCGCCGCGCUUUGUCACCGUGCCGCCCAAGGCUGUGCCUAUCACUUUUGGAAAUAAGGUAGUCAUGGCAACACCUGCAAACCAGGGUCUAGUAAAGGUGGCAAAUAAACAAGAAAUUAUAACUAUCAAAUCACCGACCACUAAGUUGUUGCCAGCACCAACACUAGUACCAGUCAGUAGCGGUCAAUCAAAAAAUAAAGUAAUAAUAACAAAUUCAACGAAAAACGUUAUACUCAAACCAGCCCCUCCACCUGCAAAUGCUCUUGAGGUAACAAAAGUUAGCAAAGUAGUCAUAGAGAAUCAAAAGUCUCAACUACACCAGAUCAACGUGCCUGGCAAAGGUGUACAAUACGUGCGUAUCUUUACGAACAACCCGCCGGUGGUCAAACCACCGCCCAAGCCCGUCGCGCUCAACGCCAAGACAUUUGUACUUACUGACGAUAAAGGUAAUAUUAUACAGAUGACAGCGGAGAAAAUACAAGCAAGCCAGCCGCCCUCGCUCGUCUUAACGAACAAUCCAAAUACAAGUACAACAGUUGCAAAGCCUCAACACAAGCUGGUGAGGAUAGCGCCUGUACCAAAAACUACGCAAGUUCUUACAGCUCUUCGAUCAGCACAAAGUCUCCUAGCGCCACUAUCACCGCUGUCGCCUAUGCACUCGACCACCACUGACAGCAGUAGCUCGCUACCGGAGUCAAAACAGUUGGAAGGCCUUCUUGAGCACAGCGCGGGCGAGGAAGAGGAAGAGGAAGUGGAGGCGGAGGCGGAGGCUGAAGAGGAGGAGGACGCGGAAGCGGAAACGGAGGAAGUGGACUCCAAAGCUGCGCUACGCCAGCUCAUAGAGAACCCCGUGUCUGAUGACGUUCACAUGAGCAUGAAUGAAGUUGAGAUCGAGUACAAGCAACACCACAGUUCAACCGAAGACAACAGCAUAGACAGCACAGAGGCGCAGGAGUCAGUUGGUACGUCAGAGGAGCAGACCCCAUUCAUUGUGGUGCCCAGCAAGUUUGAGCAGCAGCCAGAAGAUACAAUGGAGGAGCCGGAGCAAUUGGAUGAAUCACAAGGAAUUGACAACAGCGCGAGUGUAGAUGACGAGGCAAUGAACAGCACGUACCAGAACGCCAGCCUCUCGGAAACAGACGUAAUGUCUUCGGACUUCGGCCUCCGUCCGCGCAAGGCGUGCAACUGCACCAAGUCGCAGUGCCUCAAGCUGUACUGCGACUGCUUCGCCAACGGCGAGUUCUGCAACCAGUGCAACUGCGUCAACUGCCACAACAACCUGGAGAACGAGGAGCUGCGCCAGCGCGCCAUCCGCGGCUGCCUCGACCGGAACCCCAACGCGUUUAGGCCCAAAAUCGGUAAAACAAAAGCUGGUGGCCCUGAAAUAAUCCGACGCCACAACAAGGGAUGCAACUGCAAGCGCAGUGGCUGCCUCAAGAACUAUUGCGAAUGUUACGAGGCGAAGAUAGCGUGUACGGCGAUCUGCAAGUGCGUCGGGUGUCGCAAUGUGGAGGAGACGCUGGAGCGGCGCCACCGCAACCCGCCGCGCCUGGCGAGCGCCCCGCCGCGCGCGCGCCCCUCCUCGCCGCCCGCCGCGCAGCUCGUGCCCAAGCAACCCUGCAGCUUCAUGACGACGGAAGUGAUAGAGGCGGUGUGCCAGUGCCUCAUCGCGGCGGCGGUGGAGACCAAGGACGAGCUGGAGCCGCGCGAGCCGGACGCCAUGCGUGACGUCAUCGAGGAGUUCGCGCGCUGCCUGCAGGACAUCAUCGGCGCCGCGCACCACAGCACGCCGCCCACCCGGCUGGAGGAGCCGGCGUGAUAUCCGAAUGUAGGGGACUGGUGCCUGAGCGGUAUACAAUCAAAGGUUCAAAUCAUAGAUAUGCCUUCGCAUAUAUUUCACAUGACAUUCAUUAUGUAUGAUUUCUUUUCACACGAGCGCUCAUUCAUGGACACUGCACUCAUACAUAGAUACUGCACUAACACAUAUACUGCAUAAUAAAGGUGUGUUUACAAUAUACAUGCCAGAUAAAAAUUAUUUACAUGAUAUUCCAUGACUGAUAUAAGAAUAUUAGCUUAAAUCACAUUGUUCCUACUAUGAGAUUAUGACAUUUAAUAGAAGAUGUUAAUUUAAAUUCAUUUGGCGGCCUCUAGUGGUAUGUGCAGUGGAUUUACAAGAUUGAGGUCCUGGGUUCGAUCCCCAGCUAGGCCGAUUGAGGUUUUCUUAAUUGGUCCAGGUCUGACUGGUAGGAGGCUUCGCUAAGUUAGUUAUCACCCUACCGGCAAAGACGUACCGCCAAGUGAUUUAGCGUUCCGGUACGACGUGUAGAAACCGAAAGGGGUGUGGAUUUUCAUCCUCCUAAUAAUUUCGCUUCCAUUU